GCAAAAUCCUCUUCUCAGCCGGAACCAACAGAAGAAGCCAAAACAAUGGCCGAAACUCUAAAAAAUCAAGGAAAUCUUUGUAUGAAGGAGGGUCAAUAUGAAGAGGCGAUUGCCUGUUACACAAAGGCCAUUGAGCUUUCACCUCAUAAUGCAGUUUACUUCUGCAACCGGGCUGCUGCUCAUUCUCGUUUGGAACAGCAGGAUAAAGCUAUUGAGGACUGCCAAUCUGCAUUGAAAAUCGAUCCGAAGUACAGCAAAGCCUAUGGUCGCAUGGGCAUCGCCUAUUCAAGUCUAGGUGACUAUGGUAAAGCUGCAGAAGCCUAUCGCAAAGCCCUUGAAUUGGAUCCGACGAACGAGAACUGCCAACAGAAUCUGGCUCUAGCAGAAGAACGUCUCAGGGAAUCCGGCAUCGGCAGUGCGGCUGGUGGCGGUCUUGACAUUGGUGCAAUUCUAAAUAACCCGAUGAUGCAGAAUAUUGCAUGCCAGUUGAUGCGGGAUCCCAACACACAGAAUGCUAUGGCCGAUUUGUUCCGGAGCACAUUUGGCGCUGCCUCGGGCGGCGGUGGUGGUGGGGCUGUUCCAACCACCGCCAGUACAAAUGCGGUGAACUCCACAUCGGAUACCGACACUGCUCAGAACGGUCCCAGUGGCGGACCGCCAAAUGUGGAUCAGUUUCUCAGGCUAGGUCAGCAGUUGGCCCAACAGCUUCGUGCUGCCAAUCCACAGUUAGUGGAUCAAUUGCGCCAGACGUUUCAAAAUACGUCUUCCGAUCCUGCCACCGGACCCACACAGUGAACUUCGUAAAUACUGAUCGCUUUAUCUCUUCAGUCCCGGUGUUCUUGCUGUCUCUUCUAGUUGCUUUACUCCCACACUCCAGAAGUAUUUCUGGUGUUGAGUGCACGAUCAUUUGGAGCAUGUGGGUGACGUUUCUGAUCUUGCAUUAUUGGCAUAUUCACAGCUGUUCA